AUGGAGAAGCCAAAGUGGACGUGUGAGAGAGAAAACAUAAGUCAAAAGUAUGGGAUGCCAUACUUCUGUGGGGCCACGUUGCUACAACUCAGUGGAAUUCUUACUGUUUUCUUUUGUGGGAUUCUGAUGUCACACUAUGCGUGGCAUAAUGUUAGUGAGAGUUCAAGAAUCACGACCAGGCAUGUAUUUGCGACAAUGUCAUUUAUUGCAGAAACAUUCAUAUUUCUCUAUGUGGGAAUGGAUGCUCUUGACAUUGAAAUGUGGAGAACGACCAAAUUAAGAUUAAGGAUUAUUCAUAGGGACUUGAAGCCAAGCAAUAUUUUGUUGGACAUAGAGAAGAAUCCCAAGAUAUCAAAUUUCAGAAUGGCAAGAAUAUUUGGUGAAAAUGAGUCACAAGCAAAUACAAAUAGGAUUGUUGGCACUUUUGGUUAUAUGUCCCAUGAAUAUGUUUUGGAAGGCCUCUUUUUAAUUAAAUCCGAUGUCUUUAGUUUUGAUGUCUUAUUGUUAGAGAUUGUGAGUGGCAAGAAGAAUACUGAUUUUUAUCAAUGUGACUGUCUCCAUCUUAUUGGAUAUGGAAUAUUACUGGAAGGGGACGAAGUAGCUGUAAAAAGACUAUCAAAAAGAUCUGGACAAGGUUGGGAGGAACUAAAAAAUGAAGCAAUGCUCAUAGCCAAGCUCCAACACAAGAAUCUUGUUAGACUUUUGGGCUGCUGCAUUGAACGAGAUGAAAAGAUACUAGUUUAUGAAUAUAUGCCCAACAAAAGCUUGGAUUUCUUCCUUUUUGAUCGAGAAAAGCGCAGGAUAUUAGAUUGGAAGACUCGAGUUGGAGUUAUUGAAGGAAUUGCUCAAGGACUUCUUUAUCUUCAUCAGUACUCCAGGUUAAGGAUUAUUCAUAGGGAUUUGAAGCCAAGCAAUAUUUUGUUGGACAUAGAUAUGAAUCCCAAGAUAUCAGAUUUCGGAAUGGCAAGAAUAUUUGGUGGAAAUGAGUCGCAAGCAAAUACAAAUAGGAUUGUUGGCACUUAUGGUUAUAUGUCCCCUGAAUAUGCUUUGGAAGGCCUCUUUUCAAUCAAAUCCGAUGUAUUUAGUUUUGGCGUCUUAUUGUUAGAGAUUGUGAGUGGCAAAAAGAAUACUGGUUUUUAUCAACGUGACUGUCUCCAUCUUAUUGGAUAUGCAUGGGAAUUAUGGACAAGUGAUAGGGGAUCAGACUUGGUGGAUCCACUACUUGAUGAUAUAUCAUCUAUGCAGACAGUAUUGAGAUAUGUUAACAUAGCUCUCCUCUGUGUCCAAAAGAGUGCAGAGGAUAGACCAACCAUGUCUGACGUUGUCGCCAUGCUUAGCUAUGAAGGUGGAGUUCUACCUUAUCCCGAAGAACCUGCUUUCUUGAACGUGAGAAGUAUGUCGAAGGCAAACCCAGUUAACAACAGGCCACAAAUCUGUUCACUGAAUGGUGCAACGAUUUCAACUAUGGAAGGCCGGUAACAUUUGAAAGUUCAGCCAUAAGUGUUCAUAUAUAUUCUCUGAGUAAAUUGUCAGAAAACAUUCAAUCUCUGUGCCUAUGGUCUAUAACAUUAUUCCGUUGUGAUCUUUGGAUCUUUAGCCAUAUAUUUGGUAUUACAGUUUCUGAUAUGUAUCAUGAAAAAUUGUUUGAACUUCUUUUAUGCCUUGACAGUCUAAUAGACAAGCACGGAACAAGGGGGUCCUUAUCAAAAUUAGGUUUUAUCCGGCCUUC